AUGGCCGGCAGCGCGAAACGAUAUCCAAAGCUGCGCUUUGCUCUGAUCCCAGAGGAUGCCCUAGAGAAGUUACGCCCCGAGACGAAGACGAAGAAGACCGAACCGCACCAAAUGGAGGUCAAGGAUAUGUACGAGACGAUUAGUAAUACGGUGAAUCUGGUACUAGAUCAAAAGCUAAAAAAUCUCAGGCUGGACAAACUAGAUCAGAUGAUUGAGGAAAAGGUAUCCCAAUUUCACGAUCGUCGGCGAAAAUCACUGCGUUGCGAUGAGUCGCCCAAAUCAUGUGGAACCGAGGAGUCUAUAUACACGGUCCCCGACUACACAUGCAAACCACCCAAGCUUCGUACUACUAGAUUAGCUUCUCCGGCACCGAAAGAAGUGCGAGCCAGAAAGACCAGCAAGAAAGAACCGUACACCAACGAUUUUCCUUUUAAGCUCAAGACCUCCGAUUGCAAGCCGACAAUACCCAACAAUAAGAGUGGGAGUGGACCUCGACGUAUUUCGGUCGUCGAAAUGAAGAAACAGGACUCGAUUCGCGACAUCCAAUUAAAACAUUUUAAGGACUUGCAUCACCGAAACAAGCGCAAGCAAUGA